AUGGAGGACAGAGGUCGCAUUCCCGUUGGACCCCCAAUCACAAAACCUCUUCCCUCAUACUGGCAGGACCCCAAGUCCCCUCUAGCUAAUGUCGUAGAGCCUGAAGUAGACAAAGCAACACAGCUUUAUGACUAUGCCAUCAUUGGCUCCGGCAUAUCCGGGACAAUGAUCGCUUAUGAUCUUUUCAAAAAGGACCCAGGCUCGCGUAUCGUCAUGUUUGAGGCGCGAGAAAUAUGUAGUGGGGCGACAGGUCGCAACGGGGGUCACACGAAGGCGGCAAGCUAUCGCACCUACACACAGCAUGUUCAAGAACUUGGGAAAGACGAGGCGCUUCGGAUCGCAAGACUGGAGUAUGCGAAUAUUGUGGAGACACAUCAGCUGGCGAAUGACCUAGACCUUGCUUGCGAGAGCCAAAUCUGCAACACUGUCGACUUGAUAUAUGACACUACGACCUUUGAAGUCGGCAAAACUGCCAUACAGGCGUUGGGAUCGGAUGCUACUAAAGAAGAGGGAAACGAAGGGGAAAUGGCAUGGUACGAGAUUUACGACAAAGAUGAAGCACUGCAGCAAAACUUCCACGUCGAGGCGCAAAACCAAAAUCCUGCAAAUACAGAGAAGGAACAACUAGCUGGAGCCUUCAAAUACACAGCCGGUAGAAUACACGCCUACCGCUUCACGACUGGUGUUCUGAAAGAGUGCGUCAAGAAAGGUCUGCAGUUAUGCGCAAACAGUCCCGUCCACGACAUCCUGCCCUCCAAGCAGACUGCCAUGUGGGACGUCUUCACACAAUUCAACAGCGUCACUGCGCGAAACGUCAUCCUAGCCACAAACGGCUACACACCUUACGUGCUCAAAUCUGUGCAAGGCGCCAUCGUCCCGUUGCGAGGCCAGAUCACGGUGCAGAAGCCCGGUACGGCGUCGAAACUGCAAUGUACGCUACCAACCACGUACUCGUUCAUCUACCGGAACGGCUACGAGUACAUGAUCCCACGACCGCUGCCCGAUGGAAGUCAACAUAUCGUUAUAGGCGGGGGGCUGGGCCGUCUUCCCGAUGCAGGCGCGACGGAGUUUGGAACCGUGGACGACGGGUCUCUUAAUCCCAAGAUCUCUACGUAUCUGAACGGUACUUUGACGGGGUACUUUGGUUCUGACAACUGGGGUGAGACGUGCAAGGAGGACGAGGAGAAGCGCGUCGUGCAGGAGUGGACGGGCAUCAUGGGUGCGACGGCGGAUGGGCGGCCGUUCGUGGGUGAGGUGCCGGGUAAGAAGGGGAUGUGGGUAUCAGCUGGGUUCAAUGGACAUGGAAUGGUGCUGUGUUUGAAGGCUGCCGAGGCGCUUGUUGAGAUGGUACGUGAUGGCGUGAAGCCGGACUGGUUUCCAGAGAGCUUCUUGAUCACGCCUGAGAGGCUGGAGCAGUGCAAGUUUCGGGGGCGGAUGGAUAUGCAG